AUGGCGCUGGCGGCGGCGCUGGCGGCGCUGGCGGCGCUGGCGCUGCUGCAGCGGCUGCUGCGGCCGCACCUCUGGGCCGACCUGGCCUUCGCGGCGCGGGCGGCGCGGUGCGCGGAGUCCUACGGGGGGGCGGCUCGGCGGGUGGCGCGGGUGGCCAACGCGCUGCGGCGGCGGCCCUUGGGCGGCGGGGAUGGGGGGGAACUGGGUCCCGGUGUGACCGUGGGGCUGCUGGUGGGUAACGAGCCGCGUUUCGUCUGGGGCUGGUUGGGACUGGCGGCGCUGGGAGCCCGGCCCGCCUUCCUGGGCACGGCGCUGCGCCCCGCCGCUCUCCGGCACUGCCUGCGCGCCUGCGGGGCGCGGGCGCUGCUGGUGGCGGACGACCUGUUUGCAACGGUGGAGCCCAUCCUGCCCAGCCUGCAGGAGGACGACAUCGUGGUGUGGGUGCUGGGCUCGGGGCCGUACCCCGCCGGCGUCGUGGCCCUGCAGGAGCUGCUGGAUGCGGCCUCCGAGGAGCUGGAGCCCGAGGAUGUCUGGCAGCCCGAGGACAUGAACGACACCUGCCUCUACAUCUUCACCUCCGGCACCACUGGUCUCCCCAAAGCUGCCCGCGUCUCCCACCUCAAGUCCAUCAUGUGCCUGAGCUUCUACGAGCUGGUGGGAGCCUCCAGCCGGGACGUGGUGUACCUGGCGCUGCCCCUCUACCACAUGGCCGGGUCCCUCCUGGGCAUCGUCGGCUGCAUCGGCAUCGGGGCCACUUGUGUGCUGAAGGAGAAGUUCUCGGCCAGCCAGUUUUGGGAUGACUGUCGCGCCGAGGGGGUCACUGUCUUCCAGUACAUCGGGGAGCUCUGCCGCUACCUGGUCAACCAGCCGCAGCGCCCCGGGGAGCGGGAGCACGGGCUGCGGCUGGCGGUGGGCAGCGGGCUGCGCCCCGACGUCUGGCGGAGCUUCCUGCAGCGCUUCGGGGCCAUCCGCAUCGUGGAGACCUACGGGAUGACCGAGGGCAACGUCACCCUCUUCAACUACACGGGGACGCCAGGGGCCGUGGGGCGCAGCAGCUUCAUCUACAAGCUCUUCUCGCCCUUCGAGAUCGUGCGCUACGACGUGACGGAGGGAGCCCCGGUGCGGGACGCGGCCGGGCGCUGCAUCCGUGUGGGGACGGGCGAGACGGGGCUGCUGAUCGCCCCGGUGACCCCUCGGACCCCCUUCCUGGGCUACGCCGGCAGCCGGGAGCUGUCGGAGCAGAAGCUGCUGCGAGGGGUCUUCGCCGAGGGUGACACCUACUUCAGCACCGGCGACCUGAUGGAGCAGGAUGCGGCCCAGUUCGUCCGCUUCCGCGACCGCACCGGGGACACCUACAGGUGGAAAGGCGAGAACGUGGCCACCACGGAGGUGGCCGAAGCCUUGGUGGCCCACGAGUCCCUGCAAGAAGCCACCGUUUACGGCGUCGCCGUGCCAGGCCACGAGGGUCGUGCCGGGAUGGCAGCGCUGGUGCUGCGCCCCGGCUGCCGGCUGGACGGUCCCGCUCUCUACCGGCACGUGGAGCAGCUCCUGCCGCCCUACGCCUGGCCCCGCUUCCUCCGGCUGCAGGAGCGCCUGGCGAUGACGGAGACCUUCAAGCAGCAGAAGGUGCGGCUGGCGCAGGAGGGCUGCGACCCGGCUCGCGUCCCUGACCCCCUCUUCCUGCUGGAUGAGACCACCAAAGCCUACGUGCCCCUCGGCCCCGCGCUCUGGGAGGGGGUCCUGGAUGGGCGCCUCCGCAUUUAGACCUUGCCUGGGCGCCCCGAGCCCACGGGUGUCCCGACACCGGGUGCCCCAAAGCGCCCGUGUCCAUCCCACCAGCGCUGGGUGCCCCACGGGUUCCCCCAUGUCCGUCCCGCGGGUCCCGAUGUCUGUCCUGCCAUCCCUGGGUGCUCCACAUCUGUCCUGUGGGUCCCCACGUCCAUCCUGCCAUCCCUGGGUGCUCCACAUCUGUCCUGUGAGUCCCCACGUCCGUCCUGUGGGUCCCCACGUCCAUCCUGCCGUCCCUGGGUACCCCACAUCUGUCCUGCGGUCCCCACGUCCAUCCUGCCAU